UCCUUUUCUGCCCUAGUAAAUUGUUUUCUAUUGCAACCCAUGAGUUUUGCAUUCUCUUGGUUGAUUCUCACACAGUGCACCAAGAGUGGGGUCAGUGAGUGAAGGGCUGUGUGGUGCUGAGCUGCUGGCAGCUGACAGCACUGCAGUCCUUGUGGUGCCAAAAGUGGGACCCAAAGGGUGCAGAUCCCGACGCACCACUGAAGCCACGUGUGCUGUGUUUGGCAUCCCAUGGGGGACACCACACGAGGCAUGGGCUGACAGAACUUUGGGGACAGUCAGUGACACUUGAGGGGUGAUCGCCUGCGUGGGACACACAAACAGGGUCUGUGUGCAAUGCCCUGUGUGUGUCAGCCAAUUGAGGACAAAGCAUUGUCACCACAAAUGGGGGAAAUUUGUCACGAGGUGGUGACAUCAUGGCAUCCUGUCCCCAAGGGGAAAUGAGAUUGCCUCUCCGGCCACUUCCUGACCCCACUGCAGUCUCUCUGUCCCAGAGCUGCUCCUGCCUCAUGGCAACAAUGGCGCUGGUCCUCAUCCUGGGUUGGUGGCUGGUGGCAGCGAGCAGGGCACAGGAACUGCCCAGACCCUCCCUGUCACUGCACCCCAGCCAGGGGGUGUCCCUGGGGGUCACUGUCACCCUGCGCUGCCACCUGCCCCGAAUGCGUGCCUGGGUCCAGCUCUGGUUGAAUGGAACUCUCAAAUCUGACAAGCAAAAAGACAAGGAGCAGGAUACAGCUGAGUUCUCCUUUGCUGUCACAAACCUGGAAGAUGCAGGGACAUAUCAGUGUCGGUACCAGGUGUCAGAACCCCUGUGGACAUCAGAGAGGAGUGAGCCCGUGGAGCUGGUGCUGACAGGUGAGGGCACUAUGGACACCCGCUGGCCCUGGUGUCUUCUCCUCCCUGCAUGCAAACCGCAGCUUCCCCCAACUCAGCAUUUCCCUGAGCCCAGGGAACAUGUGGCAAUGGGGACUGAUGUCACCACCCACCGCUGGAAUGGGGGUCAUGGUGGCACAUUCCUCCUGCACACAGCUGAAUGCUCGGACCCUAUCCUGAACCAGGAUCCCACUGGGAAUACUGUGGGUGGGGUACAGAAACCCACACCCACUCAGGGGGGACUCUGGCCUCUGCCAGCACCAGUACAAAAUCCUACAACCCCAAGGAUCACACAUUUGUGUCCUCACCCCUAGGGGACAGAAUGUUGUUGGAGGUGACACCCACACCUGCAACCCCAG